AUGAAAAAUAUUUUUGUGGUAUUUCUGCUCAUUGCCACCAUCCUCGCGCACGCAAAUGCAUCGCAACAACAGCUUGGCCAAAUUUUAACAACUGAUGCCACUUUAGGCCUGACAACGCUGUCUCAGCGCUUUCGUUUAGGUCAAGUGGUAACGGUUGACUAUACUUUUACGGGACCAUCUACUACUUCUGUGGUCAGGGGCAUUACGAUAAAUGACAAUAGACCUCCGCGUAAAAGUCCUGCUGUCACAAUAACAGCCGGUGCACUAGGCACAAAUACUGUCUCGAUAAGGUUAACAUCACCACGUGGUCUCGGCAUCAAUAGCCAAGUUACCUUCUAUGGCACAACAUAA